AGCACGCUGCUCCCGACCUGACAUCCCGACGUCUCCUCCGCCAGGGGCUGUUUCUUCAGGCGGCUCCAUGCACGAUUUCGGCUGAAACCAUGUCUGUUGGUCUGGGGCUGGCGAUCCGCGAUGGCCCCGUGCUGGCCAGGCACUGCCCUGCUCACAACUAAGGCUCCUCGGAAACUUGUGUUCCUCUUCACUUUGUCCUUGUCCGUCACUUACCUUUUCUACAGCCUGCUCAGCUGCUACAGCUCUCUGCAGUUCCCACUGCAGGAAGCGGGGAUCUACCUACAACCGGAGCCCGGGAUCAGCCCGGUGGACGCGAUCAGAACCGCUUCUCUUAAGCCGGACACCAGCAUCAUUAGGGGCUCCCCACCGCCGUCCGCCUCCGGGAGCCCCGACGCUAGAAGUAGCGGCAGCGCAAAAUCCUAUUUGAAGUCCAGGUUUGGCAGCGGAGAUAGUAGGGACUUUACUAUACAAGCUGGCCAGGAACUCGCUUCCAAAGAGCUGCCGAGGGGUGUAAGUGCCUUUGUGUCCUCUUCCAACUCAGCCCCGCCAUUUCGGUACAGCAAGCAGCCAGGCUCCUCCGAUAUCUCUGGUACUACAAGUUUCAGCAGAAUAAGGACCUCGGUCACCCUGUCACAGCCGGAUCUCUUGUCACCUACAGUGAGGACUAGAGUGCCAUUACUCAGGGCUACUCAGAGACCCGGCAGCCCUGACAGUGCUGAUACACUAGGAGUGCGAACUCUUCCUGGGUCUGGUCCAUCCACAUUGCUCGGGUCCAGCUCCCGGGACAGCGCUUACAUUGGCACCACGGCGGAAAGUGUCAGCUCCUCGGACAGCGUACCGGUUAUAGCCAUUGAUCAGAGGUUCAGCAGAUCGGCUGUUAUUACAGCCACUGAUCGGGUAUUCAGCACUCCGGAAGGAGCUCCUAUUCAAUCCACUGAUCGGAGAGUCAGCACCCUGGGCAAGGAUCCUAUUCCAUUCACUGAUCGGAGAGUCAGCACCCUGGACAGGGAUCCCGUUCCAUCCACUGAUCGGAGAGUCAGCACCCUGGACAAGGAUCCUGUUCCAUCCACUGAUCGGAGAGUCAGCAGCUUGGACAGCUCUGCUGUUAUCUAUACUAAGCGGAGAUUCAGCGCUUCUGCUACGACCAGCCAUAGAGGAUUCAGCACCUUGGACAGCAUUCCAAUUGAUGUCAGUGAUAGAGGAUUCAACACCUCGGACAGCGCUCCCAUUAGAGACUUCAGCACCCCGGACAGCGCUCCCAUUGGGGUCAGGGAUAGAAGAUUCAGCACCUCGGACAGUGAUCCCAUUGAGGGUAGUGAUAGAGAAUUCAGCACCCCGGACAGCGCUCCCAUAGGGGUCAGUGAUAAAAGAUUCAGCACCUCAGACAGAGCUCCCACUGGGGUCAGUGAUAGAGAGUUCAGCACCUUAGACAGCACUCCCAUUAAAGGUUUCAGCACUUCGGACAACGCUCCUUUUACCGGUGGUUAUCCAAGUUUUAGCACCUCGGACAUCGCUUCUGCUCCAUCCUCUAGUAACAGCAUUCCCAUUACACCGACUCACCAUAAAACCAGCACCUUCGACAACGCUCCGAUUGCAUCCUCUGACCGGAGGAUCAGUCCUCCAGACUAUUACCACGGCACCAUCCUGUCUAGUAAUUUAAUAGAUCACCCUUCACUCCGAGGAUCGGGUAAUCAGCAGCCUCAUCUCACGGAUGGUCAAACUUCCAGAGUCAACGCUGACAGCAUAGCGACAUCCAGCUUGACUCCUUCACCCGAGGACUCGAGCAUAGCUGGGUUUGUGUCUUACGGAGUUUCCGAUCAAAGCUACCAGGAGGCUGUACACACUGGUAUAGAUCCUAUAAGAGAGCAGACUAGGAUCCCAGUAGUAAGUUCUGGGGAGGUCGGUAGACUUUCGGAUUUUCCAGGCAAUGAAAUGCGCUCACCCCUGCGUGAUGUAAAUAUCUGGGACAGAGCUCCCCUGGCUGCCACUGAAAUGAUCCCAGAAUCUCAUACCGGAUAUUUGGAGAGGGAACCUCAGGAGUCCAGCACUACAGACGAUGAGAUGAAUCGAAGAAUAUCGGUGAAUAGUACAGUUGAAUAUGGGGACAAAAGGCUGCCUCAGGCAAUUAUUAUUGGGGUGAAAAAAGGAGGCACCCGAGCUUUGCUUGAAGCACUAAGAGCCCAUCCUGAUGUCAGGGCUGUUGGUGUAGAGCCCCACUUUUUUGACAGGAACUACGAUAAAGGGCUGGAGUGGUACCGAGAUCUGAUGCCAAGAACGAUAGAAGGGCAGAUUACGAUGGAGAAGACACCCAGUUAUUUUGUUACCAAUGAGGCUCCACAGCGAAUCUAUUCAAUGGCCAAAGACACAAAACUUAUUGUGGUGGUCAGGAACCCAGUUACUCGUGCCAUAUCUGAUUAUACUCAGACUCUUUCCAAAAAACCAGAAAUACCAACAUUUGAGGUCCUUGCCUUCAAAAACAGGACCCUGGGAUUGAUUGAUGCUAGUUGGAGUGCACUGCGGAUAGGCAUCUAUGCUUUGCAUCUAGAAAGCUGGAUGCAAUUCUUUCCCCUUUCCCAGAUACUUUUUGUGAGUGGAGAGCGUCUCAUUACCAACCCAGCAGAAGAGCUGGCCAAAGUCCAAGACUUCUUGGGUCUCCAACGGAUUAUCACAGAUAAAUAUUUUUAUUUCAAUAAAACCAAAGGCUUCCCAUGCCUGAAGAAGCCAGAAGAUACAGGAGCUCCCAGGUGCUUGGGAAAAUCUAAGGGUCGGACUCAUCCCAAAAUUGACCCAGACGUCAUCCAGCGCUUGAGGAAAUUUUACAAACCUUUCAAUACUAUGUUCUACCAAAUGACAGGCCAAGACUUCCAGUGGGAAAAAGAAGAAUUAGAAGGUUAAAAUGGGCACAUGGGAUCAUCACAAAUUAAAAAAAAAAUAGAGGGAUACCUAAAGACUUGUCAGUGUACAGAAAAUAUUUACCAUUUUGCCAAAAAAAAAAGUGUAAAAAAAAUGGUUCUAGUUUCUAUAACGAAACAGUGCAUUCUUUUGAAUGGUGAUACAGGUAAAUCACUCACAUCCCAUACAUUUUUAAUGUAAAAAAAAUACA